AAUUGAGAGUAAUAAUAAAAAUUGUUAUGAAUUUUUUCGAUGGAAUGAAACGAUUGCGCUGAAGUGGACACCGAGACACGCAUAUGGGGAACCAGGAUGCGGUGGAUCGGUUACGUGGCCACGAUAAUCUGGUGGUCGAGCGUCGCCAGGUCUCUGAGCACGUUGAAUCGAGGUCACAGCUACAAAAUAAGUCCGAAACCCUGUCGUGUACAUCAGAGUGUUGGUGGAAGUAUACAGGGUACUUGUAUGUUCGUCUGGGAGUGCAUCAAGUCAGAGGGCACACACGUGGGCGUAUGCGUUGAUACAUUUAUGUUUGGCAGUUGUUGUGUUCACAAGAAUGACACCAUUACUCCACAUACAACCACUGAUAGCAGUACCACACUGGGCCAUCACUCGUUGUCAACGAUAUUAUCAUCUGUAUCAUCAGUGACUGUUGAGCCUUCUAGAUUAUCAGACACUACUUUAAAUAUUGCUGCAACAUCGAGACCCGGUGGCUCGACUCAAGAGUUGACAGUCAGACCUGUCAGGCCUAUUUAUUCAGUGAGUCAUACUAAUAGGCCCAAGAGGCCUUACCCACAGUCCCAUGAUUUUCAAUCGUCACCGGCUAGGCUUCCGGACGAUGGAAAGAAUCAAAUGGUCGAUGAGGAUGAGGUGGGCAAUCAGCGGAUAAGACCCGGUGAUUUGUAUCUCGGGGAUAAACCCGAGAAAACGGCAUUUACCAAUGUACCUCCACCUCCACCACCACCACCACCCAUUCCACCGGCUACUAAUCAGCAUUAUUCUAAUGAGAAAGAGGAGGACAAUGUGAUCACGAAUGAGACGCACGGUGAUCCUCUCACCGCAGCUAGUAUCAAUGCAAUACGCACCGAGAAACCACCGGCUCACUGGUUGAUCACCAAUUCACCAUCAUCGAGCAUUUACUCGAGCCUGAAGACACCGACCUAUCGUCCUGGGACAGUGUUCGGCCAUUCGGCCUCCACCGAGACAAGACCCGAUUUCAUAUCAAAGCCCCACGAUCAGAAAAAACCGAGUAAACUGUGGACAACAUCCAAGUCCACGUAUCUCCAGACUGAUCACACAAGUACAUCAACGGAAUCAUCUCUUGGGCAAACAACCCACUGGCACGUAACGACAGAGCCGGCAUUCGUGACAAAGCAAAAAAAUCCAGGCCAUCCAUCAUCCCCGAGUCGUCCUGGCUAUCCUGUCGGGCAUUUUUGGGGGGAUAAUACCUGGAGCCAUCCCCCAAGUGAGGAACGACCGUCAUGGACAGACGAUCGCAACACCAAUGGAGAUACCGAGGAAACCAAUAAAAAAUACUCAGACAAACAUCCAGUCAGCGAGAAUCACCAGAACAAACCAGGAUAUGGCAAACCUCAUUAUAUCCCGUCGAGUCAUUACAUUACGACUGCGGAUGUUGGAUCACUGACACGACCAAAACCAACGAGAAGAAGAACACCCCAGCCACCCAGAGUCGUUGCAACAACGAUUUAUCCAGUGAAUAAUGAGUUGUCAUCGAUUGCAAUGACAACAGCUAUGAGGACGACAUCAUCAACGCCGAGAACAACAAUCUCUACGACAGUAUCGACAACAGUAUCAACGACAAUGACAACAACAACGACAACUGAGUCAGUGAUACCUAAGAAGAGCCCAUUGGGAUCCGUUCCAACGGUCUCAGCUGUUCCUGCUAAUUCAGAAAGUGGUAAAGAACGCGCCCAGUGCGGUGUGCCACCAUUAUUUCCACGUCCAGAAACGCGAAUUGUCGGUGGAAAAGCAGCACCAUUUGGCAGGUGGCCAUGGCAGGUAUCCGUACGUCGGACAUCAUUCUUUGGUUUUUCAAGUACUCACAGAUGUGGUGGUGCUGUACUAAAUGAGAACUGGAUCGCAACUGCUGGACACUGCGUUGACGAUUUACUGACCUCGCAGAUUAGGAUCCGGGUUGGUGAUUACGAUUUCUCAUCUGUACAGGAGCGUUUGCCUUACGUAGAAAGAGGUAUUGCUAAGAAGGUCGUACAUCCCAAAUACAAUUUCUUCACUUACGAAUACGAUCUUGCUCUUGUGAGACUGGAGAGUUCCCUCGUUUUUGCCCCUCACAUAUCACCAAUAUGUUUACCAGCAACUGAUGAUCUUCUUGUUGGUGAAAAUGCCACUGUCACUGGGUGGGGAAGACUCAGUGAAGGAGGUACAUUGCCCUCGGUACUUCAGGAAGUAUCUGUCCCUAUUGUGAGUAAUGACAGAUGUAAGUCGAUGUUCUUGAGAGCUGGUAGACAUGAAUUUAUACCCGAUAUAUUUCUGUGCGCUGGGUAUGAGAAUGGAGGACGUGACUCAUGUCAGGGUGACUCCGGUGGCCCUCUGCAAGUUCGUGGUAAAGAUGGUCGUUACUUUCUCGCUGGAAUAAUAUCCUGGGGUAUCGGCUGUGCCGAGGCUAAUCUACCGGGUGUUUGCACGAGAAUCUCCAAGUUUGUUCCCUGGAUCCUCAAGAAUGUCACUUGAAACUAUUUAAAUAACUACACCGAGAAAAAAAUGAGCGAUCGAGCUCCCGUUCGACUGUACAGACACUCAUAUACAUAAAACGAACAACAAUAAAGCGAACAAAUCAUUACUGCAUAUAGAAUAUAUUUAGCACAUAACGAUCAAUCGAACGGAGACAAAUUGAAAAAAAAAAAAAAAAAAGAAAUCACGAUGAUUCAUAAUAUAUUCGCGUAGCUCGUAAGAAUCAACUCUUCAUUAAUUUCGUGUUUAUAUUAUGGUCUCUGAGAGUGUAUUCGAAUGAAUGAGUUUAUCGCAGCUAAUGAAGAAAAAUAAAAACGCGAAUGGACGCCAAAGCUAGUGAACAAAACAGAAGACGAUAUUUUCCGCGAAUUGUGUUGAAAGAAUACAUCUCCCUGAUGGAUCCACGAGGUAGCCAGUAUCUUGCCUCCUCGAUUGCCCCUUGUAUACAAAUAAUGCUACAAAACAACAAAUAGCCAAUAUACACUACUUUGUUGAUGAUUUUCAACUGUUCUUAGAUUA